AUGGCUGCCGCCUUAGAGGAGCGUUGCUCCCGGGAGGUUAUCUACCGUGAUGAGGCAAUUGGUGUUCUGAAGAAGGAGAACGAGACCUUGGAGGCUGAGAAGGCUCGUCUGUCGGAGGAGGUUAGGGAGUUUUCCUCCGUCAGGAGGGAGGUUGACUCCCUGAAAAAGGAGAGGGAUGACUACAAGGCUGGGUCGGAGGCUCUAAGGAAGGAGAAAGAGGAUGCCGAAGCUUCGGUGGCGGUCCUCCGCACAAGUGUUGCUGAGGCGGGGAGAGUUAGGGACGUAGCCCUGCAGCGAGCUGAGAAGGCGGAGGACAUUGCUGAACGCCUUCGCAAAGAGCUUGACGCUGAGCGGACGUCUGCAGCUGAGCUGCAGACUCGCAUACAGAAGGCGGAAGCGGAGGCUUCAGCUAUUGUCGGGCUCUAUGCCAACUCGCUUGCGAAGUUUGGGGGAAGCACCUCUGCUCCUCCGCCCGGCGGCGAUGUUGGGGCUGCCCUCGCGUGGCUGAAGUCUCAUAUCCGCAUGCUCCCCGACUUUGUCGGAGGUGCUGUUGAUUUUGGGGCUUUGGCCGCGGUUAGCUCCUUCGCUAGGCUUUUGCGCCGCGGAGGUUGCUCUCACGCGGAGGGAGUCGCCAAGGAGGAAUUUGCCGCGGCGGAGGACGUUGGCGAAGGGACCCCUUCCCUGCGCAAAUCUGUCCGGAACUUUAUCAGUUCGUUCUGGAUUAGGUUUGGGCGGGAUGAGGCGAAGAAAAUGGCGGAGGAUCGUCGAGCUGAGGAGAUUGCGAAGAAGAAGGCUAAGGUUGUCAAGGCCGGUCCUUCGCGUCCACCGAGUGAGGCGUGUCCUCCGACCCAGCCUGAAGCGGAGGCUCGUGAUACUGGUGCCAAAGCUCCGGAGGGAUCUGGUGCCAAGGUUUCAGAGACUCCCGAGGCUCCUGCUCCUCCUCCGCCUCAGGUGUGAGGCUUUUUAGUUUUUAGGUUU